AUGAAGUUUGCAAAGCAGCUCGGACUUCGGAGCAUCCCAAGCUGGGCGCCCUACUACCUCGACUACAAGUCCCUCAAGGGGUACAUCAAGACCGCUUUCAAGGACUUUGCCGGGCCCUUGGAGUCCCUGGAGAGCCUCGACCAUGAGGACCAUGAGCAAGGAGAUACCGACCAGAAUGUAGAGCCAUCCAUCCUUCCAAAAGCAUCCCCCGAGAGCGUCGCUGCUGCUACCGAUGACGACAGUGAAAGUCCCGUCGUCUCUCAGGAAAACCAUCAUCAUGUUACGUUAACGACCUCACAGGAGGAGAACGAGCUUCUUGUCAAGGAGGCCGUGCCUUCAACAAGCAACAACAAGAAGACGGAUGAAGAAGAGGCAGCUCGGGAGGCAUCGAUCAACAUCAUUGUGGAUGGCUUCAGGGCGUUGCUCUGGGCUGAGCUGGAAAAGGUCAAUGCACGCUACGAGGCCCAGGAACGGAUUGCUGGCGUCACUAUGGAUCGGCUCAACGACAGCGUAAGUCUCUCUCUUCUUCUUCUUUUCGUUGACUCCUCCUUUUGUUCUAGUCCAGCACAUUGA